GAUGGACCAAAUGAAAUAAUUCAAGAGCGCUAAAAACUCCCUGAUAUUGGCAUUUUGAUUGUGAAUAUAUUCUAGUUGUUGUGUUUUUCAUGUAGAAUAAACAAUGCUUGAUCUCGAAGUGCAACCGGAGAGGUCGUUGGGCAAUGAACAGUGGGAGUUCGUGCUGGGAAUGCCCUUCAACCAAGCUGUAAAUGUUCUAAAACGGCAGGACCGUGUUAUCAAAGGGGUUCAAGUCUGGUACAGUGAUCAGAACCCUCUUCAAACAGACCUGGUGAUAAAUCUGGCUCAAGAGGGAAUUAGGUUAAUCUUUGACUCCAGCUCGCAAAGAUUAAAGAUAAUUGAAGUUUAUCACAUGAAUAAGAUAAAGUUAAAAUAUUGUGGCGUUCAUUUCAACUCUCCCCAUGUUCCGCCAACGAUCGAACAGAUUGACCAGUCGUUUGGAGCCACUCAUCCAGGAGUCUAUGAUUCUGAGAAGCAGCUGUUCAUAUUGAACUUCAGAGGUCUUUCAUUCUCAUUCCCCAUUGAGUCAAAAUUUGAGGGAGAUAUGAUCGCCAUCAAUUAUGAGAGUCAGUCUCCAAAGCCGAGGUACGCUCAUGGUCUUGGGUCCCUCCAGUUUCCAAAUGGAGCCUCGCCAGUGGUCUCAAAGAUGUGUAUAUAUACCGGAAAUAGUUUAACAGAUACAAGGGCUCCUCCAUUGCCAAUUAUUUGUUACCAUGGAAACUGCUAUUUAGAAAACUUAGACGUAAUUAGAGAAAAUAAUGUUACCAAGUCUAUGAAGUUUACUGUAGUCACUGAAGGUAUAGGUCCAGGCAAGCUUGCAGAACUCAGGAAGAAAACAUUAGAGCGUGAAGUGUCAUUUGGUAGCUCUUGUCAGGAUAUUCUAAGUGCCUUGGGCUGUCCUAACAAAGUGUUCUAUAAGGCAGAAGACAAGAUGAAAAUCCAUUCCAGAGAUGCACACAAACUGAUCCAUUCCAAAAUGUCAGAUUACUUCUACAAUUACUUCACAUUGGGAGUGGAUAUUCUCUUCGAUGCCAAGACCAACUUAGUGAAGAAAUUCAUAUUUCAUACCAAUUAUCCUGGCCAUUAUAAUUUCCAUAUGUAUUAUAGAUGUGACUUCAGGAUACCUGUGACCAGACUUAAAACUGCAGGUAACUUGCUGCAAAUGGGCGAGGAUGUGGAUACUCUAGUGAUAGACUCGUACUCAAAAUGGGACAAAGUGCAAGAAUUUUUAAAGAAAUUAAACGAGAGGCCAGUGGUCUUGAACAGAUCAUCAUCUACGAAUACAACUAAUCCAUUUGGGUCGACGUUUUGUUACGGAGUUCAGGACAUGAUAUUCGAGGUGAUGCAGAAUGGUCAUAUAGCAGCUGUGACAAUCUACCAGCCACCUCAAGUCCCUAGCGUGUCGUAGCCAAGAUAGAUACAUCUCUCCCAUGGAGAAAUCAUGACAAGAGCUUGUUCAUCAGUAGUGCUUGAUUCCGAAGUUUGAAUGGUCGCAUAUCAGAAUUCUGGUCAGAGUUCAGUCAACUGAGGGAAUUGUACAUGUAAAUGUUUCUCCGAUAAUCAUUUGUGUGAUGGUACUCUUUACUCAAUAAAAAUUAGAUAUUUUGCGGUGAGGAACAUUUCUGAAACUUUCUGUAAGUCUAACCAGCAGACAGGCCUUGAAUAGCUUCUUAUGGUAUGAGGCUUUAUAUUUGAAAAUAUGCCACAAAAGUAUGCUGUGUUUCAAAAUAUCUUUGGCCUAAGUCGCAUCAGUAUUGAAGCAUCCUUGAUUGAUAUUUUACAAGCUUUCGGUGUUACAAGCUUACAGUAGGCAGCAUAUUGUGGAGCAUAUGUCUCAAAAUUUAACGAGAUGUUGGUUUCUGCAUAUUCUUUUUAUAAGUUUUCGUUCAACAAAUGUCAUCCCAAUCUUAGCCCCGUCAUUUACAUCCCAAAGGAAGGGGACAUUCAUUAUACAGCCAGAACGUCUACUGGUUGAAUGAUAAAGUCCUCAUAAAUGUUUGGCUUUCGGGAUAUGUAGCCCUUUCAUGUAGUGGAGGCAAAUAUUGGUGUUGUGACAAGUAUCAAGUCCACAUUUAGGAAUAUACAUGUAGGAAAAUGCAAAUACAUUUUUCAUGUAAUAGUUUUCAACAAAACAAGUGAAAAGACAAGAUUUAACGUAUCUUAUGAAAGACAUUGUGGUUCAAGAUAUUUGGUACCUAAAUACCAGUGUAGGGCCAUUGAGCCUGUAUAUUUUUACACAAUCUGUGGUUGUAAUAGAUGUAGAGGAGUAUAGUACAUGUAUGUACAUGUAUCAUUGUGUUGUUGUGAUAUAUUUUUGUGCUUUGCAGCAAAUACAUUUUCUAUACUCUUAGAUUUGCUGUCAGUGUUAGUUCUGGACUGGCAAGCAUUUUUACCUGGGCUAUGAACGAUUUGUUUUGUCUCCUGUAUUGCUUGUGACCAUUGUAUUAGCAGAUAAAUGGUCAAGCCCAUCGGGAAAAUACUCGGGGAGGGGGAUUUCAAGAACUAAGGCAAUUGGAUCUGUUAUUGUGCUAAUGCAUGGCUUACACUAACAGUCUAAUACUAAUACUUAUGCAAUGAUCUUCGAGAGAUUGACCUAAUUGGAUUUAUCUUUGCACUCUUUUGUUUGAGAAAAAAAAUUCAAAAGUUUAAUUAAAUUUUGUUCAUAAAAUAAAGAUAUCUAAUGAAUGUUCAAAUGAAUUUGUGAAUAUGUUUCAAAUGUAUUAUACAUGUAAUAUUAUAAAUUAUUGCAAAAACAAUUUAUAAAAUAUUUCCAAGAUAAAAAGUGUGCUUUCAUUGGGAAAAUCACCUUGGCUUCAUAGCUAUUGUGCAAUAUGAUUUUCUCCUGACACUAUGAUUGAUAAGUUAUUAUGGAAAAAGAAGGAACAGCUAAAUUCUUCCUCAUAGCUAAGAGACAGUGCAGUACGCACUGGUUAAUUUGUCUAAUUUUGUGAAACUGGUAUAUGAGACUUCAAACUGUGGUCUAAUUGGGGUGUCUGGCAACAUCGAUGAUAAAUUCCUCACUGCGUAUUAAGAGUGUUAACAAUGUGUUAAAACUCCAGAGGAAACUGUUUUUGAUAUUGCAUUUGUGCAUUCGUGACUACGUAUGAAGGCAUUUUUCACAAUCUGCAAAGUUUUUUUUUUUUUUUAUUCAUUCUACAUGUCGUAAAACAUGACGUCUUCUUUGAGCUUUAUUUGACUAUCAGUCUGAGGACGUUUUAGAAGUACAUACGUACAUGUAUAGAACCAGGCAGGGACAUGUAAAAAGUAGUGUGUACUGUUAGGACUAUGCAUGCUGUAUCAGGUUUGGUGCAAAAUGAUACUUUAUUUCAGUGGUGUGGCUUGUUUUUUCCAGUCUUAUACAUGUAGAGUGAAUAAGUAUAGUUUAUAGUGAAUCAAAAUCAUUUUGAUGCCAGAUUUCUUUAAUGUUCAUUGUGGUAAUUGUUUUAAUGUGCAUGUAUUGCAAUCAUAUUUUGUCUAGCUUUGUGUCAACCCUUUCGCUGCAAAAGCCAUUUUGUUUGCCUGCUCUAGCCUGCGCGGAGAGAAGUAUGACUAUGCAGAACCGUGCUAACUUUUAUCAUUUUCAAAAGUGUUGCGAUAUUGAAGUAAUGAGUUUUUGAUUAAACUAAUGUUUCCAAAAGAUGCAUUGCAUGUUUAGAGGGGCUCUGGCCAAGUGCUGAUUUAAAAACAGUAGGAGGGAAUGACGUGCAGUGCAUCACCCGCAUGUGAUAGAUAGGGACAUGCAACAAGACGUGCUGUGCAUGUCACUCACAGCGAAAGGGUUGUUAUGCUCAAGUGCAAAUGUUAACCAUUUGUGGUUCUGUGUAGUGUAUUGUAAUGUUUACUCACGUCCAAGUUCUCUGUAGAAGCCGUGCUAAGUCAAAUGGCACUCGGUCAGUCUACACUUUGAUAACUUUGAUAACCUCAAGUCCUGUCAAGUUGCCGUUUCAACUAAACUCACUCACAUUUGUCUAUCAUACUUAAGUCUUCCUUCACUCAUGCAUGAUGGUGUCAAGUUUCUUGUCCACAUUUUAGGGAGGUUGAUGACUUACUUUGAAGAGAGACUAUUGGCAUAAGCUAGCUAGGUCAGAUUACGUUACACAAUGUUGUCAAUAGGGGCCUCUUCUAUCUCUCUUUCUCAAACAUGUACUUUGUUUUUGGAUGCUGGUGUGGAAACUCUAAGGCAAACUCACCUGCUUUAUAAGCAAACUGUUUGAUCGAUUAUUUGACGGUGUGUCUGUGUUUAUUUGCAGGGUAGGUCGCAUCAAAAAGGGAAAUUUUCAAAGAUUGACUAUGAGCAACCCUGUUGCGAAUAUGAAAGUAAAACUUGCUGAUCAUCAAAUGUGAUAUUAAAAGGUGUUAAGAAUGUUAUUUGUUCAUUAUUCAGAAAGUUGACAUCUUUGUCAUUAUUCAUGUCAAUAAAUCCAUGUUUA